AAUCCAAAAUCUCAGUAUCUCAGCAUUCAGGAGUCGGAACCCUAGUUGACCUCCUCCUGUUUUACUCCCUAGAGAGAAACUGUUUAACAGAAUGGUCUCUUCUAUGGGCAAAACCUCCCACCAAGUCAAGAGAGCCAUUGCACUCUGACUCACCCUGGAGGAAAUUGGCUACUAUGACUUAAUAAGAGCAAUCCAUUCCCUCAACCAUCACAUCGUCAAUGCACUCUUCAAUUGAACCUUUGAAGUGCUUCGACUGGCUUCCUCUCAAUGCUGCACCGCCGGUUGAAUCCCCUGACGAUUUUUCCGCCUUUCUUGGGCUUUUCGACGAUCCCAUGAACUACAGGUUCUUUUACUACAAUCGCCAGCAGUCAGAACCCUUGGAUCCACGGCUAGCUUCUGGCAAGCCUGGCCAGAAACCCAGGCAUUCAACUUUGAAUCCUCAUGCUGAGGAUUUCCAUCCUGGACAAACCUCAAAAGAUGCCAGAACAAUGUUCCUAACCUUCUUCAAAGGUUUCCCUCUAAGUAGGGAAGAAAUCCUCGAGUUCUUUACCUCGAACUGGGGAUAUCACGUAGGGCAAGAUGUUGUGGUGGAACAGACUGGUCCAGGAAGAAAUCCUCAGUUUGGACGUGUUGUUUUCACUACUUCCUUGUGAUUUUGACUGUUCUGAAUGGGCAAGCAAAAGCCAAGUUUAUAGUCAAUGGGAAACAUCUAUGGGCACGUAUUUACGUGCGUAGAGUAAGAACCUAAGUAUUUCGGUUUGGCCUCAUAGAGGCUUAGGAAGUUCGUAAUGUUGUCUAUAUAAUUCCUGCUCUAGUCCCUGUGUGUGUGUAUAUAUAUAUAUAUAUAUUUGUUUGAACCGGGGAAACUUUGGUUGGAGGAGUGAGUGCCUGAACUUGAAUUCAAGAAUUUGAUGUCUUAAAUAUUACUUUUUUUUUAAGAGAAUGAUCACUAGGUCAAUCAAUGAUGGAUAAUCAC